AUGCACUCAGUGAGUCUAAUUAGCAGAUAUAUGGAGAAUCCAACAGAGUUGCAUUUUUUAGCUGCCAAGAGAAUCUGUCGUUACUUGCAAGGAACUAAAGAUUUUGGGUUGUUCUACAAGAAGAGUAAAAGGUCAGAUUUAAUUGGGUUUACUGACAAUGAUUAUGCAGAAGAUCAAGAUAAUAGGAGGAGCACUUCGGGUUAUGUUUUUAUGCUGGGCACAGGAGCUGUUUCAUGGUCAUCUAAGAAGCAACCGAUUGUCACUUUGUCUACCAUUGAAGCUGAAUUUGUUGCAGCAACAGCUUGUGCUUGCCAAGCUAUCUAG